AUGGAGGGAUGGUACGAGGCGGGAGGAGUGGUGGAUGAUGAGGGGGUCGACCAGGUUUGCCGCGAUUUAGCCACCCUUACCUACCCAACUUUACCUUCCCCAUGGAUUGACACGCCCCAUCCAUCUUUGUCCUUCACGUUCCGUAGGACGAGGUUGUUCUACAACCUAAGGCUCCCUUAUCUUGGCCAACAUGGGGAUAUCGCUGGUUGGGGUGUUUUGCUACGGUUCCUCGACCAUACCCUUUCAGUGUUUAAUGGCAGACACACUGCCAGUAACAACUUCUGUGCGUCUGUGUCUCUCGACGCAGGAAGAAACGAGCUGAUCGCUGUUGUCGUCAUUCAACCGUCUCCGACAGUAGGGGAGGUUAUACGCGCUGUCCGUUUCAAGCAUAGCAGAUCUCUGCAAGGUUCUGCAUAG